AUGGAGCGGCAGCGGGCGCCCAUCCGGGCAGAGGACUCAAUGCCAUUGCUUAUCGCUGGUCGCACUUCCCUCCGACUUGUAGCGCGGCUGGGUCUCUCCAAUUUUCAGCUGCUGCAGGGCCUCUUGGCUGUUGUAUUUCUACUCCACGCAGCCGAUGGCGCCAUGCUUCCGGGCAUUUUCAAGGCGCUGGAGGAAGGUCUGACAGGAGCAACACCGGUGUCUUUGGGCGGCAUCGUUUUCAUUGAAGCUUUGUGUCACAGCUUCGCUGUCCUCGUGUGGGGAGUCCUGGCGGACAGGCACUGCAAGUUGCCGGAGGGCCGGGAGCCCGGGCUCGGGUCACAGUUCUGGCGAGUUGCGAUCGGUGCAAGCCCAGCCAUUGCCGUCCCGUCACAGGGUCUCAUUGGCGCUGUCUGCCCGCCGUUGGACCGCCGGGCCUUCGGCUGGCUCAUCGCCUGUGGUCAGAGCGGCUUCAUGCUCGGCGUUCCGGGCCGAGCUGAGGGCCUUUGGUGCAAGCAGGUGCCGGAGUGUGAAGCGAAGCCAGCAAGAGUCUUCGGCAUCGAAGCCGAGUUUCAAGGAACGGCCAAGCUCGCCACGGCGAUCCACGGCUGGCGGGGCACCUUCCUCCUCUUUGGUUUGCUCACGCUUUUGUUGACGUGGAUUCUGUCGAUGGCCAGACUGGAGGUGGCGCGCGGCCUCUUCCAAGAGUCUCGGACCUGGGCCCAGCUCAGUGCAGCCAAGAAGCAGGGCACUCCUUCCGGACUGCCUCUGCACGACAUCUGGAAGGACUUCCUGUUCAUGCUGCGCCGAUCCUCCUUUUGGGUUCUGAUCCUGCAGGGCGCUUUCGCCAGCACGACGGUCAAGGCCAUGCAGUACCAGAUCAUGUGGUACCAGUAUCUGGGCUUUAGCGACCUUGUGGCGUCCAGUAUAGCAUGUGCUGCUCCCUUCGGCAGCAUUUUCGGGUCAAUCGCGGCCGGCUUUAUCUCCGACUGGAUGGCCAAGCACUACCCAAGGCACGGCCGCAUCACAUAUGGCCAGCUGAUGGACUUUGUGAAAACGGUCGUCCUCCUCUACACGUUUGUUCUCAGCGACACUCCUAGGCCGGAUACUCCAAACAUCUUCGUCACGAGGAGCGUUUUGAGUUUCUUUUUCGGCUUCUUCUCGAUCAUGGCCUACUCAGCAGUUGUCAAGCCACUAUUCGCCGAAAUUGUCCCGGCUCAGAUGGUCGCGCAGGUCAUCGCUUUGGCCGCGGCGAUCGACGGCGGCUUCGCAUCGAUAGCAAGCACCCCUGUCGUGGGAUUUAUCACGCAGCACUUUUUUCACUACAAAAGCAAUACGCUGCCCAUCAAAGACAUGCCGGCAGACUUGCGGCGAGGCAAUGCCCAGGCACUCGGCCAGUCGAUCGCCUGGGUCACGCUGACGGGCUCAGUCGUGGCACUUGUCAUCUUUAGUUUUUUGCACCUCACCUAUCCGAAGGACCUUCGCGUCUCUAGACGGGUCGAAGCAGACUCUUUGCCGGCUGUGGAGGACGGAGAUUCAUCCUCCGAUGCAGUGGAUGAAGAGGGAGGCCUUGCGAGCCAGCCGGCGCAGCCAGGGAAGAUGGUGAAGAAGGUCUCCUUCGACCUCGGAGCGCAAAGACGGAGUUCGUGUGCCGGCUGA